AAUCCGGCGAGAGCAGGCUUCUGACGAGUUUGUUCGAGUCAUGGAGGCCAAGGUUCGCGCCGGAGGCGUACAAGAUUUUCAAUUAGGCGUCGAUGGUGCCUUAGAGUUCAGAGGCAGGAUCGUGGUCCCGAAGGUUGAGGCGUUGCGGAAGGAGAUUCUAUCAGAGGCACAUACCGCACCUUACUUAGCUCAUCCCGGGAGCACGAAGAUGUAUCACGACCUAAGAGGGUCGUUUUGGUGGAGAGGCAUGAAGAAAGACGUCGCCGAAUUCGUCAGGAGGUGUCUUACCU